GAAAGUGCUUCAGCGUUUAUUGUUGCAAGAUUGGCAAAACCUGGCUAAAGUACACUCCACUGUUGGUCAGUUGACUAAUUUGGGUCAUUUAAAUAUGGAUGGCUGUCGUCUGUUGAAAGAAUUGCCGGAGUCAAUUGGCCAGUUGACUCUAUUGAGACAUUUUAGUUUAAGUGGUUGUGUCAGUCUGAAUCAGUUGCCCGAGAGUAUCACGCAGUUGACUCGUUUAAACCAUUUAAAACUGAACUAUUGCCGCAAUCUGAAAUGGUUGCCAGAGCGAAUGGGUAAUAUGCAAGGCUUAAUAACGUUUGAUGCAUGUCACAGUGGAAUUGAACAAUUGCCAGAUUCGUUCGGAGAGCUUAUUAAAUUAGUCGAUCUGAAUUUGCACUGGUGCAUAAACCUUACUUUUCUUCCAGAUAGCAUAGGUAAGCUGAUGUUGCUCAAAGCACUUGAUGUUUGCAGAAGUAAGCUGAAGCGAUUGCCUAAGGAACUGGGGAAGAUGCAAUCCUUAGAACGUCUUCAUGCCUGCUGUGAACAAAUUAACGAAUUACCAGAUUCUAUUGGUCAACUGAGUAGCUUACAAGUGUUGAACUUGAGUCGGUGUCAUAAUCUUAGAUAUCUACCCGGUAGCAUCUGGAAUCUUACGUCACUUUCUAGUUUGCAAUUUCCCUCAUCGUACAGAGAAAUAACUAAUUUGCCUGAGAGGGUGAAGAGUACGCAAUUGGAAAGACUAGAGCUAUGUUGUAAUAUAAGGUUAUGGCUACCUAAGAUUCAAAGUUUCUCUUCUUUAAAGAGGUUAAGCAUCACUGAUGAGAGCCAGAGUUUUUCAACCGAGCCGCUCAGUCUUCUUAAGCUGUCUAACCUACGUCAUCUUAGUUUGCAUAACCAUUCAGGGUGUGGGCCCUCAUUUUACGAACUUCCUCUGAAUCUACAACAGUUGUGGGUUAAUGACAAUGCGACAAUGGAACAGCUACCCGAUUUAUCCAGAUUAAAAUGCUUAAGGGAACUGGUUAUAAGUGCAUGCAUCAGCCUUCGGUCUCUCCCUCCACUUCCUCCUCAUCUUCAAUCACUCGAGGCAGAUGAAUGCACAAAGCUGCAAGAUGUACCAGAUCUAUCCAUGUUGAAGGAAUUAAAAGAGCUAAGUUUUGUCAAGUGCAGCAAUCUGAAAUCAAUCAGUUUGAAAGAGAGUUCCCUUCAGGCAAGACUAUUGUUUUCAUUUAGAGCUGAUCUACCAAACAGGAUGAUUCCAGAAUGGUUCAAUUAUACAAGCAGAGAGUGCAAACUCUCUUUCCAAAUCCCACCAGCCUUGGGAGACAGCUUCUUAGGUAUUGCACUCUGGGUUGUCUAUAAAUGCAAAGAGACUCAUAUAUUAUCUCACUAUAGAGCUGUUAUUACCAAUAAAACAAAGGCUACUAGAAAGGACGUCAACAUCUAUGUAGCAGAGAGAAAUGGAGUUGAACUACGGUCGACGGUGCAAUGCAUAAGGGCAAAGGAAAUGUCAGUGGAAAGUGGUGAUCAAAUCACGGUUUCAAUUGAAAGGAUAUUAUAUUGUUAUAAAGAUGCUUUCAAAGGAAAAAAGGUUCCCUCCGGAGAAGUGGAGGUGGAGACCUGGGGAGCCCAUAUAUUACUGAAAACAGAUAUCAGUGUAUUGUGAUUUGCUUUUCAAAAAAAAGUGUAUUGUGAUUUGUACAAAUCCUUGUUUAGUACGUACUUUAGUAGUACAAGUCUAUUGAGAUUU